AAGGCCCGGGUCACAAUGGGGUCCCCUGGGGUAGGGUGGAGGUGGGGAGGCUGGGAGCCAGGUUGCAGGGGUUCCUUCCCAGCUCUGCAUAGGGAGCUGGCGGUGACGACAUGACCAAGGCUGUUCUGCCGGGAGAUGCAGCUGGCACAGACUGCACCUUUCCAUGACUUAGUAGAUGGUCCCUGUAGGCUGCCGUGUUCCAAAAAGUUCAAGCGCUGGCCGGCUUUCUCAGGUGAUGAGCCUCUCCGCAGUUCGCUAGAGAGGCUUGCUUUCUUCUGGAAUAGUCUUCCACAGCCCUGGUUCCACUCUCUGAGGAGGCACUGGAAGAAAAGUUCUGAGCUCUCAAUUAACCCCAGCAGCAACAGGGACCCGAAGUGGUUGCUCUAGGCUAGCAGCCUACCAGAACGGAAGAACCUCAGCUUGUCAGCCUCACUGAACAACUGCCUUGGCUUCUCCGGCUUCAUCAGCUUCUGCCUCAGAGGGAGGACCAGGGAACUUUUUGCCUUUUGCUUUUCCUCCUUUUCUAAAAUAUCCUGAUCCUUGGUUCUCCUUAAGCUCUUCUGUGCACGAGCGAGCCCAGGGCAGAUUCCAGGUUAGAUACGCCUUCAAGACUCUUCACUGAUCAGGUGUUUCCGAAGGUGCACCUGGUCGAUGCAGCGGUCCAGAGCGGAGGUGGCGACGGAUGAAGCGGGGGCGGGAGAGGGCUUGAGGCAGACCUGGCGGAGCUGGUCUCUGUGGAGAGCCUGGGAGCAGUGGUGGGAGGGCCCGAACGGCAGCCGGCGGCGCUGGACAACCUGGUGUUCUUCGUCCUGCUGGUGGGUGCCCUUGCAGCGGGGCCUGUGGCUGCUUGAAUCCGGGCUCUACCUGCUGCUGUCCCUGGGCUUGUGCCAUGCUCUCUUCACCACGGGUUGCCAUCUGCUGCGUUCUCUCUGGCCCGUAGUGGCCGCCGUGUGGAAGCAUCUUCUGCCUGCCCUGCUGCUCAUGGCCUUGAGUGCGCUGCCUGCCCUGCUUUUUGCCGCUUCCUUCCUUCUGCUCCUCUCUACCUUGCUCAGCUUGCUGGGGCUACUGACUGGAAUGACCCGGCCUGGACCUGUCAUCAGCCUCAAUUCUGGCCUCGACCCUGGUCCCAGGCCCAUCUAACACAAGGGACCACUAUCUUGCCCCUAAUACGGCCCCUAAUCCAGCCUUGGCCUUGAACCCGUCCUCAACCCCAUCCAAUACAAGGGACGGGCUUUGCCCUCUGCCACCGCC